AUGGCUCUUCGAAGGCGCCGCCAGCUUCAGCUGGAGCAGCAUUUUGAAACCGGUGCCUCCACGAUCGGCUCGCUCCCAGACGACCUGCUGGCCAAAUGCUUCUCCCAGCUCGAGCAGGAGGAUCUGCUGUGCAGGGCGGCCCUGGUGUGCCGCCGCUGGUUUGAGAUCAGCACCAGGCCGGAGCUGGUGCGACAAGUGGAGUUCAGCAGCUACGGCAGGGCCGGGGCCGCCACGUUGCGUGCCGCCCAGGCGCUGCUGUUGUGGCUGCAUCAGCAUGGCCAGGCGGUGGGCAGGCUGAAAGUGGCCAUGGGACUCGAGAACCUGAGCGAAACUGAGCUUGCAGAGCUGAUGUCCCUGCUGGACAGCUGGUUGGCAGUUUGCGGCGGGCGGCUGGAGCGGCUGGAUGUGCUGUUUGAGGAGAACGUCACGGUCGGAGGUUGGAUCGCGGCCAUGCCCCGCCUGACGGAUCUCACGCUUGCACCCCUGCUGACGCUGACGACGUGGGUCACCCUGGAGCGCCUCACCUCGCUGCAGCGCCUGCAUCUGGGCGCUUAUGAGUGGGAGCUGGACACCGCGGUAUCGCUGCCCGCCUCGCUCACGUGCCUGCGCAUUGAGUCACAUACGACGCCGGAAAUGCCGCACCAGCUGGCUGCUGCCUCUCUGAGCAACCUGCGCAGCCUCCAGUUUUUCAGCGUUGGCUACACCUCUGCCAGCAUGGCCGGCCUGACACAGCUCAGUGCGCUGCAACAUGCAGCCUUCGAAGCGUGCGAACUGCCCAGCACGCUGGCAGAGAUGACUGGGUUGGAGGUGCUUGAGAUUGAUUGCCGCAUGGAGCCUGCCGGCGCAUUCACUGCCAGCCUUGACAGCGCCCUUGCGCAGCUCACGCAGCUGACAGGGCUGUGCCUGGACUGGAUGCCAGCUGCGUCCGCAGCCCUACCAUCUCUGGCGGCCCUGAGCCAGCUGAACUGGCUCUACCUGCGGCCAAUGGCGGCAAUCCAAGCGCCACCAACUGCAGAAGAGGCGGAGCUGCUGCGCAGUGCCACACUGCCCAUCGGGCCCUGGCAGCGCAGCCUGCAGCAGUUGGUGACGACUUUCCCGCUGGUGCGGCACAGCCUGCCAUUCCUGGGCGGUGCCGAGCAGCUGCAGCGCAUCACCUUCAUGCAGCCGCCGGCCAGCCAGCGCGGCGGCGAAGCGGAGUGGUGUGCCAGCACUCCAGCCUUUGCCAUUGUACGCUGGCCGUAUACAUUGUCCUGCGACAUACCCAUAAGAUACGGCCUGCAAAUGUGA